AUGAAUUUUAGUCACACAAGCGCACCAAACAAGGAUGCCUUGCUCUCUUUGGCAUCUUCGCUAAAUGCAGUUCCUUUGCCGCCUGUUUCAGAUAAAUACGGAGUGAAAUUACCGCCAGCACAACAUUGUUUGACAAAUGUCAACUUUUCCAUCGUUCCAAAUCCACCUCCAGAGGAUGGAUCGGAUGAGGAUGCAGCGGGUGAUGAAGAUGAUCAAAUCCAACAGGACGAUGCUGCGCUACGGGAAAAGGAAGAGGAUGACGAUUACGAUGAUGACAAUUCCAGCAUUUCGAGAAAAUCGGAUUCAACGAAACGAGGAAGAAAAGAACCAACACCACCUUCUCAAGAUGAUAGCGAGAAUGACGACUUUGAUGAUGGAGAGUCAGAUAUAGAAGGGGAAGACGGAGAGGAUGUCAAUAUGUACUCUGAUGAAGAUAUGGAAGGCGGCUUUGUCGAUGUUGGAGAAGAGGAUGCAGAGGCAGAAGCUAGUACAUCAACUCGACCAAAUGGCAAACAGAAGUCACUCUAUGCCAUCCCAUCACGAGAUGAAAUGAGCCAACUCAAGAACACCACUGAACUGUUCAAGAGCAACAUCUUCAGACUCAAAGUUGAAGAAAUGCUAUCGGAAGUGCGACCAAAGUACGAGAAAUCCAAUGCAUUAGACUUUGUACUGCGUCACAUCAAAUCUCGUCUCGAGUCAUUGGACGGGAUCGAAGCAGCAUCACUUCCAGAUGCAACCAAAAGGCUAUCUAAGCUAUACAAAGCAAAAGUUAAGAUCCCCUUCCCAGACCCUGCACCAAAAGCAGAUUCUCCUCUGAAAUUCGGCUUUGAGAAGCCUUCAAAGGUGCAAGUAGCCGGAAGUUGGGUGCUCAGAACAGCUGCACUCAGACCGGAAGGCGUUGACGUAGAUUUGGUCUUGACGAUGCCAUCGCACUUGUUUCAAGAGAAAGAUCAUAUGAAUUUGCGAUACUUUUACAAACGUGCUUUCUAUCUUGCCACAAUCGCUGCAGCACUAUCGACGGAUGAAACUCUCAGCUUUGAUGUUUCAUUCGCUUCCACUGAGGAAGAUGUCAGAAGGCCUUACCUGCUAAUCAAAUCAAAGCGAGAUGGCUCUCAGAGUGACUUUUCGAAAUCAAAGGCAAGCAUAAAGAUUCAUUUAGCACACGAGCAUGACCUUUUUGCACCAGCCCGUUUGGCACCAUCACGAAAUGGUGUCAGGAUUGAGAAAGAUACAGAAGAACAGCCUGCAACGCCACACUACAACUCAGCCAUUCUAGCUGAUCAACUUUAUAUGCAACACCUCAUCUAUCUCAAUGCAACUAUGGCAUCAUGCAAGGAAUUCGGUAAUGCAUCAAUGUUGCUGAAGACAUGGGCCACACAAAGAGCUUUUGGCAGUGGCCCGAGUAAGGCGGAAUUGAAGGGAAAGGCCAGCGCUGAACAAGGAAGAAGGGUGGCAUUUGGCAGUACGAGUGUUCGAUUUAUACUGACAAUGAUCUUGGCCCAUCUGUUGAACGGGCCCGACAGAACCCAACAUGCAUCAUCAUCUGCUUCCGUUUCACGAUUAUCACACCAAUUCAGUAGCUAUCAACUGUUCAAGGGAGUGAUUGAUUUCUUGGCCCAUCACGAUUUCAAAGCCCACCCAGUAUUCAUGAAAGGAAGCGAUGAGAUCAUUUCACGAAGAGACAAGAUUGCAGGGGAAGACUUUUCAAUACAUUUCUCACACGUCUUGGUCGACCCGACGGGAAGCAUUAAUUUGCUGGCUAAUAUUUCUGAAGGGUCGAUCAGCUAUCUACAGAGUGAAGCAAAAGCAACAUUUUCACUACUGAAUACUGCCGAUCAGGAUCGAUUUGAGGAAGUGUUCCUGCUUGAUAGAUCAAAACCAUCCUUUGCUUUUGAUGAUGUGUUGAAUGUGACUUUGGACGGAUACAAAGCAACAGCAAAAGACAAAGCAGAUUUGGGAUCGCCAUUGUCAUGCGCGAUUGAACAAUUGUCGAACACGCUGGCAAAAGGUCUCACAAAUCGGCACACAAUGAUGACUGUGUUCGGAGCUAAUGUUCAAUCUUGGUCACUCUCUUCAAGUCGUGUUACCGAAACCACUGUUGAGGUCGGGGUCAAUCUGGAUGUAUCGCAAGCAUUCAGGUUGGUAGAUCAUGGCCCACGUCCCGAGCAAACUCAGGCCGUUGAAGAGUUCAAGGCAUUUUGGGGUGAUCUGUCAGAACUCCGACGAUUUCGCGAUGGCAGGAUCGUGGAAAGUGUUGUUUGGAAUGUUAAAGGGCAAGCACAGAAGCUUACGAUUCCUCGUCGUAUCUCCCAGUAUGUGAUAGGGAGACACAUUGGUGCAACAGUCAAGGAUGAUGACUUUCAUUCUACAGCUUUUGAGAAUCUGUGCAGUCCAGACGAAACGCUUGCUGCUCGAGCGUACCUCAACUCACCUACCGAACAAGGCUUUCAACCUGCCAUCACCGCAUUCGAUCAACUAGCCAAGCAGUUGAGAGAGUUGAAAGAUCUGCCACUCUCCCUGAUUAGCGUCGUGCCGACCGAUGCAGGACUUCGCUCAACAAGUGCAAUGGUACCCGGUGCUGCUAACAUCCAUGGCCAUCCCUCUAUGAGCGCAUCCUAUCUGCCAACGCUGGACUUUGUCAUGACGUUUGAAUCUUCCGGACAAUGGCCAGACGAUUUACCGGCUGUGCAAGCGAUGAAGAUGGCAUUUUUUGAAUCAAUCAGUGGAAAGUUGCUGGAGAUCUUACCUGGAGGAAGUCGCACGAACAUCGUUUUCGAUCAUGAUGCCGAUGAUAACAAGCUAUGGGACAAAGUAGCAUUGGAAGUUGUUCUGGCUUCUGGAUUCGCAUUCCGAGGAAGGAUACAUCAUGUUCGUGAAGAGACAUUGUUGGAACGAAUUAUCGGCGAUAAGGACGAGUCUCCAUUCAUGCAAUCCCAAGCAAAGGCCGCGUUGGACCGGUACCACGUCAGAUUCACGAAUGCUAUUCGACAUCACAAUCAUAUGUCCGCACUCGUUUCUCGUUUCCCUUCCAUCAGCGAUGCCGUUCGAUUGACGAAAAGGUGGGUCAAUGGACAGUUGUUCGGGAAUCAUUUGGCGGAGGAGUUGAUUGAGCUUCUCGUUGCAAGUGUGUACAUCGAGGCAAGUUCUGCUCCUGGCUUAGGUCAUCUUGGAUUCUUGCAAACGUUGCGCAAGUUGGCAGAUUGGAAUUGGCAAGAAACGCCUCUUGCUGUGCCUAUGACGGCAGCUACUUCUGCAACGCCCUCUUCCAAUAUGGAAUCAAGCAUUCACCGCUCCAUUCAGGCCAAUUUCGGACAACUUCGUCGAAUGGACGCGGGUAUGCAUCACCUUGCCUGGUUCAUCGCCACUGAAGAAGAACCAAAAGGUGUACAAUGGGCACGUAAUUCACCCUCUGCCGGGUCAGCAGAUGCACUUCAACGAUUAGCAAAGGCUGCAUGUGGAUUAUUGGAAUCGGGUUCAUACCUUCCGCAAAUUAAUGUUAAAGCGGUGUUUGUGCCUGAUCUGAGUCAUUUUGACUUUGUCAUAGAAUUAGAACCGGUGGCCGUAACACGGUAUAUUGACAGUCUUGGCUUUGAUGCAAAAGCGUUGGAAGCAUCUGAGCGUAGACAAGGACAAAAAACAAGUAUGUAUCGUAACUUUGUCGAUCUGAGUCAACAACAACAAGGGUUCUUGGCUAAUUUGGACAGUGGAAGUGAAUUUGUUCAUUUGAUCGAAUCACUUUAUUUGGACAGUUUACGAUUAUAUUACGAUCGUUUUGGUGGCUGCUUGGUUGGCGGAAUGUUCAAUCCAACUUUAUCCCAAAAACAAAGGGCGUUUCGAGUUGGUCUGGGCUUCAAUUCCAUACCUUCUUCUGUCGUUGGAAGUGGAACCGCAAAAGAGGUCACUUUGAAUCGCACAGCAAUCAUUGAAGAAUUACAAAGGGUUGGCAAAGGCGUUGUGCAAAAAGUGAUUCUUCAGAAUACUAAUUAA